AAAUAGUGAAGGAGAAGAAAUAGGAGAAGAAGAAGGAGAAGAAGAGGGAGGAGAAGAUGAAGAGGAAGCAGAAAGUAAAGGGAUAAAAGACGAACGAGACAACAAAGCAGAAGUGGAACGGUCACUGACAGAGAGGAAAAAUAAAGUCUAUGAAUACUGCAGAAGCCACACCGUGAGGGAAAACCUUUAUAACACAAUUCAGAAUAAUAUUUUCUUUCUUUGGAACUACAGGGUUUCCACGUGUAUUAUUGAAAAGGUUGGCUCUAUGUCGUGGCGCCGGAGAAUAUGCAACCUGAACCACAUUAAGACAAAUACACACGAUCCCAGAAGAAAGCGUUUACUUAAGAAAUCCCACGAAGUCGUUUUAAGUCAUAUAGCCGCUACGUCGAGCAUUGUGACUGUGAGGCAUCCGCUAACUCGAUUAGUGUCUUGCUACAGAGAUAAGUUUGAAAAUGGCGCCCAUCCAUCACUACAUGAGAGACACUGGAGGGACUUCUACAUGCCGACCUUGUUCUGCAACGGACGCCUUCCUCCAGAUCUGCACCUUAGAGUAGGCCUAAAAGAGCCUCUCGACCCUGGCAAAUACUACCCGAUGAGCGUCUUCAUUGCGAUUGACAAGUUGCUGCAACCAACUUUCACCUUUACGGAAUUCCUCCACAACGUCGUGCAGUCGUAUGCUGAGAAUAGAGUCAACCGACACUGGAACACCUACACGGCCAUGUGCUCCCCCUGCACCGUGAACUACACCUACGUGACCAAGCUGGAGUCCCAAACACAAGAAAUGGCCUACAUCUUCCCGUCGGUAGGCCUACCCAAGGACCUGGCAGAUGUGAUGGACCACUCGACCAGCACAGACCACCAUAAGGACGAGACUUAUAUCAGGUUAUACUACAGCACAGUCCCGCUGACCCUCAAGAAAAAAGUCUACGAAAUCUUCAAGACAGACUUUGAGAUGUUCGAUUACAAAGUCCCGGAGACGUAUUGGGAGGAAAACACGAAUGGUCACGUUCAUUGAAUAGAAUUAUGGUAGCUUUAACAGGGGCGAAUUGGUGUUCGUAUGACUGUCGUGUGUAAUGAAAAACGUCUUCUGUCUGGGUGUGACAAAAGCGGGGAGUUAUGAAAAGCUGUGUUAUUACUUUUUAGAUACAACGUGAAUACUUACG